AUGUUGCGUUUCUGCGAUCGUACUGCCAGUGGGACGCCGGUAGUGACAUACUGUUACGAUUCUUCUGGUGCUAGCGGGACGUCGCCAGUGACAUGCUAUGGAGACUGUUUAAGAUGUCGUUCUUCUUCUUUUGCAAGUGAUGAGAUGGAGGUUACAAUUGAAGUGGCAACGGAUACGUAG